CCGAUAUCCUUAGAUCCUCCGCUGUUUUCUUCAGUAGAUAAUGAAAAUUAAGUUCUCGGCAUAUCUUUAUGCAUUCGUAAAACUUCAAACUUCGUCAUCAACCAGCUCCUUGAAGAGAGUUAAAAGUUCUACUUUCCUCUUUUGUAUAUAUGAAUCGACACAAACUGCUCUCUUCAUUUUCCCUCUUCAACCAAAAGCAAAGCAACUGCUGCAAGUUAUUUGCUAUUCAUGUGAAUGAACACACCACACCCGUGCUAGACCUACUUGCAGACUGGCAGCAAUGACGGGGGCUAAUUUGGGAAAUCCUCGAAAUUCUGGCUGUAAUUUUCGCUUUUCAUCCACUGGACGAACAGAUGAAGGCUGGUGAAAUCGAAAUCGAUUGUAUCGCUUUUCGCUCCGUCCAAUUUCUGAAAGAAACCUCAUUACACUGACGUAUCAUUAGCGUAUUGGAGCCCUAUAGUGCUAUUCUGUAAUCCUGAAAAGAACCAUUUCGUAAUCGGAUAUUUUGCAAUUUCCUUUCGCUAUUCUGGGUGUAAUGGAGUUUCACUGGGUCUCUUACAUUUGAAUCAAACUCCAGUAUCAAUAAUGAAACUAAUUAACGGGAGAUAAAUGCGGUUACGGGUGGAAAAGUCCCUCGUGGGAUUGUAUGACUUUGUUGUCACGUUUGCCUUAGUCUCAUCUGAUGGGCGUUAGCGGCGGUGAUCGGGUUUACACGGCAGAGAAGGCAAACGGAGGACUGCAACUUUGUUUAUUCAUUUCACCGGAAGUGGACAAUACGAGGAGGCAGACUUUAGUCUUAUCUUCACAACGAAAUGAGGUUGACACUUGAGCGGAUCUGGCAGAAAGUGCGAUCAUUGAGGCUGAUACACUUUGUCAUUAUAUUUAUGGUCAUCUGCUACAGUUACGCUUAUUUCAAGAACUAUAAAUUCACAAUUCUGAACCCGGAGGAAUUCCUUAUGGCGCUCCCAACCCCAGAGGAUCCAGCAAGGCCCAACCAUCCAGGACCAGCACACCAUCCUACUUUUUCCCACAGAGAUUCACCCUACCCCAAGAACUGGCGCAGAUUAACAAAGAAGGAGAUGGAAAGCCUCUCUGUUCUGGGCAGGAGGCUGUAUCUGGAAGAAGACGUUGGAAAAGAGCAAAACAGGAAUUUCGUCAUUCUUGCUUGGAAUCAGAGUGACGUCGAUAAGGAGAGGCAUAUCAGAGAGUUUGGUGGCGAGGAACUAGACCCUUUCCGCUUCUGCUCGGUCAAGAACUGCCAACUUGUCACCGACGACGUUUUCGCCGAGAGAGCGGACGCUAUCAUCUUCCAUCUGCACAGAACGAAUAAAACAUCGACCUACCCAAGUCGAGCCAACCUCAACCAGCGAUGGAUCUGGUUAACGGAUGAAAGUCCCUACAAUACCCUCUAUUUUGCGGAGGAUAAGGACAUCUCUAACUAUAACGGAAUCUUCAACUGGUCGAUGAGUUACAGAAUGGACAGCGAUGUCCCCGUGCCGUACGGAAGGACUGUCAGAAUGACGGCCGAAGAGGCUUCAGAAUAUGAAAAGGUCGACUACUUCAAUAUCAAGACAAAACUGGCAGCUGGUAUACUGACAAACUGCGAGGCCACAAACAAUCGAACCGGGUACUUGAAACAACUUCGGAAGUAUAUAGAUAUUGACAUAUACGGAAUAUGUUUUGGAGUAAAGUGGUGUCAAGGACACCUAAAUAGAGAUUGUAUCAUGCUGAAUGACUACAAGUUCUUCUUAGCCUUUGAAAACUCCAACUGCAAGGAUUACAUCACAGAAAAGGUGUGGUGGCAGUCAUUCCAGAAGGGGGCCAUUCCUGUCGUGAUGGGAACGAAAACAGAAGACUAUCGAAAACACCUUCCUCCCAAAUCUUUCAUUCACGUGGAUGAUUUUCAGUCACCCUAUCAUCUGGCUAAAUACCUCAUGUAUCUUGAACACAACAGGACUGAAUUCAUGGAGUACCACGCUUGGCGCUCCCACUUCAAAGUACUGAAUGAACAUGGCUAUUACGGUGCCAAAUCCUACCACUACUGUCGCGUGUGUGAGGCCCUCAACUACAACAAUCCAGCACCCACGGUUUACAACUACAUGGAAAUCACCUGGAAUAAUGACACCCAGUGCUAUCCAGCUACGUGGGAUUCCAGAAUGCGAGAGACCCCUGUGUUUUAUCGGCAGAGUCUACUGAGGCUAAGACAACCCUGAAGAAUACGAGUUCGCUUUCUUUUGUGAAUAUUGACUGACGAGAGCCCACAGUAUGAUUCUGACCACUAAAUUUUUCUGAGUUAGCUAUUCUGAAGUGUAUGGGGUGUGAACAUUUAGAUUGCGUGUUGUAAAUUUUGGUUGAUUUGUCAUUAAAAUAAAAGAAAAACAAAACAAUCUACGUGGCAAACAUGCUAUAUCAAAUACAUCUGUGAACCUCACUGAAUAUACUGAUAAGAAAUCGCCCGUGCAAACAGCUGCACAAUUCAUGUAACAAU